ACGGACAGAUGGAAGAGUGAUAAAUUGAUGGACGGAUGGACGGAUGGGUGGAUGGGUGGAUGGACGGAAGAGUGGAUGGGUGGAUGGGUGGAUGGGUGGGUGGGUGGAUGGGUGGAUGGGUGGAUGGGUGGAUGCCUGGAUGCGUGGAUGCAUGGAUGCGUGGAAGAGUGAUAAAUUGAUGAUGGACAGAUGGGUGAAUGGAUGAAACAGUGGGUGGGUGGAUGGAUGGAUGGACGGACGGACAGAUGGGUGGAUGGACAGAAAGACGGACAGACAGGUAGAUAGAUGAUUGAUAGAUAUAGAUAGAUUACAUAGAUAGAAGAUAGAUAGAUAGAUAGAUAGAUAGAUAGAUAGAUAGAUAGAUAGAUAGAUAGAUAGAUAGAUAGAUAGAUAGAUAGAUAGAUAGAUAGAUAGAUAGAUAGAUAGAUAGAUAGAUAGAUAGAUAGAUAGAUAAGUAGGUAGGUAGGUAGGUAAAUAGGUAGAUAGGUAGAUGACAGGUAGGUAGAUUAGAUAGAUAGACAGACAAAUAGAGAGAUGAUAGAUAUGGGAAUGGACAUGGGUAUGGGGACCAGGAAAGGGAUGGGAAUGGAGACAGAGAUAUAUUUGGAUCUUCACUGUCUUCUUCAUGAACAUGGUUGUUCCCAUCACCACGAUCCUACCCAUCUUUUUUGCAUUAAACACAUUAUUUACUCCCAACCCCUGAGUACUCACGGAAUAAAAAAUUAAAGCGAAUACUUGUGAUUUCUGAAAGGUAACAGAAGGGAAUGGUCUAAAAUUCCAUUGUGAUGCAGAAAGGAAUAGGAGGAGGUGAUAAAACCAACACUGAAAGUGCCAUAAAAAAAUCUGUAAAAAUUUCCUUACACAUAUUAUACUUGAAUUUAUGUAUUCUGAAACUGACAAGCACUAUAGUACAGUGGAAAUGAGGAAAAUUUUGUCAUCGUCCCCCUCUCCAACCAAUCUACUGUAUGACCAUGGAAAACUGACCCACCCUUACUAAGUUCAGUUUCAAAACUGGUAAUAGUAACACCUUCCCUUCUAAUCUCAGAGAUCUGUUGGGAAAUUUUAUUGCAAUUACAUGUUCAGUAGCUUUGAAAACUAUAAUAUGCUAAACAGAUUCAUACAAUGUUGUUACUGAAGGGUAUCUGAGAAUUGAUUUAUUUCAAUGUUUUUCGAGUCUAUUAAGCCAUAGAAACAAAGUACAUGUGAAUAAAAUCAGAGCUGCUCUUAUUCACCAAAGUAUAUGGAACCCACAGAUCAUUCCAGUAAGCAUCCCUUACAAUCUCUUCCUCAGCAACCUCUAGGAGUGAGCUCUACAGAACCCACAGGCCCCCACUGACCAUAGUAGGACAACUAAUUAUCUAGUCCAUGUCUCCUUGUAUCAAUAAGGGAACUGGGGGAAGCAGAACUCAUGUUACACAGCAAGUUCAUGAAGAACAAGUGACUGAAAAAACCUCUCUGCAUGUUCAAUUUCUAUAAAACAAAUAACCUUUACAUGAUUUCAUUGUUUUAGUAAUAUUAUUACUUCCUUCAAAGGUGUACAUGGAGAAGGAAACUAUCCAAUGGCCCUGGGAAAUUAUACCAGGGUGCCUGAAUUUAUUUUCUGUGGACUUACCCAGUCUCAAGAGCUGAGCUUGUUCUUCCUUCUCUUUUUAUCUGCGGUCUAUGUAACAACUGUGUUAGCAAACAUUGCCAUCAUGGUCACUGUCACGUGUGAGUCUCGCCUUCACACACCCAUGUAUUUCCUGCUCCGCAAUCUCUCUGUCUUGGACAUAUGCUUCUCCUCCAUCACUGCUCCAAAGGUCCUAGGAGACCUUUUCUCAAGGACAAAGACCAUCUCCUUCAAUGGCUGCAUCACACAGAUGUUUUUCUUUCAUCUCCUUGGUGGAGCAGACAUUUUUUCUCUCUCUGUGAUGGCAUUUGAUCAUUACAUGGCCAUUUCCAAGCCCCUACAUUACGUGACCAUCAUGAGUAGGGGGCGAUGCACUGCAUUCAUUGUGGCCUCCUGGGUGGGGGGCUUUGUCCGCUUCAUCGUACAGAUUUCCCUUUUGCUCCCACUCCCCUUCUGUGGACCCAAUGUUAUUGAUGGCUUCUACUGCGAUGUUCCCCAGGUCCUCAAACUUGCCUGCACAGACACCUUUGCUCUUGAACUCCUGAUGAUUUCCAACAAUGGUCUGGUCACUACAUUAUGGUUUGUCCUUAUCCUGGUGUCCUAUACUGUCAUCUUGAUGAUGCUGAGGUCUCACACUGGAGAGGGAAGGAGGAAAGCCAUCUCCACCUGCACAGCCCACAUCACUGUGGUGACCCUGCAUUUUGUGCCCUGCAUCUAUGUCUAUGCCAGGCCCUUCACUGCCCUCCCCAUGGACAGAGCUGUCUCCAUCACCUUCACUGUCAUCAUCCCUGUCCUGAACCCCAUGAUCUACACCCUGAGGAACCAGGAGAUGAAGUCAGCCAUGAGGAGACUGAAGAGAAGACUUGGACCCUCCACAAAAGGAACAGAUUCUAUGACGUUCAGGUUGAGAAAUCAGAACUGAAAACAGUUUUUACACAACACAAUAGAAUGCCCCAUUCAGUACACCACAUUGAGACCAAAGCUUUAUCUUUUCCCCAUAGCAGAGUCCUAUAACAA